UUUUAGUAAGUAGCCAGACGUAAGUCGUCCAUUUAUCAUCAUCAACUUAAGAUAAGAGGAGUGGACCCUCACCUCUCAACAUCUGCUUUCAUAUUCCUAUCCAUGAAGUCCCAGGUGUACAUAAGAGUUUCGAGAGUCCAAAGAAGCAUGGAGGACAUUCUUUGGUGGCAGGUGUAUUUAGGCAUUGUUUCAUGCAACGGCUCAUGGAUACAGUUGGCAUGGCUACUAAGAAGCGCCUCUAGCGCUGUUCUAAGACAAAAGACGUCCCAACACGCUAUACGUUUUAGGAUGUCAAGAUACUUUCCCCUUCUAACCAUAUUAUCAAACAGUUACCGUACAUCAUCAUAUAAAGGUCAGUGGAGGUAUCAAACUUAUACUGACGUGAGCCCGUGAGUUUUCAGAGAUGGUGGUUGUAUGGAAGAUAUGCGAUGGUUUUCUAUCCUUGAAGCUUUCAAUAAAACUAACUGGUAUACAAGCGGACGUGACUUCAUUACAAGCCUGGUUUCCUUUUG